UAGGCCGUUAGGCAGAUGCGCUCCGCCAGGGCACAUCGGGGCGCUGCGACGCUGCGAGUCGCUUCCGGGCGCGGCUGGAGCGGGGGAACGGGGCGGGGCGUGACCCGGAAGUCGACGGGGGGGUUCCGCCCCCGCGCAUGGGGAGGCAGGCUCGGACCGGCCCGGGGAGCUGCAGCCGCCCUUCGCACCCUCUUCGCCCUCCCCACCGACAUCAUGCUCCAGUUCCUGCUUGGAUUUACUUUGGGCAACGUGGUUGGAAUGUAUCUGGCUCAGAACUAUGACAUACCAAACCUGGCUAAAAAACUUGAAGAAAUUAAAAAGGACUUGGAUGCCAAGAAGAAACCCCCUAGUUCAUGAGGCUGCCUCCAGCACUGCCUUCGGGAUACACUGAUGCUACUGCUCUUGAGGGCCUCCUUUACCAUCUGAACCAAAAGCCUUUGUUUUCAUCUUCAGCCUCAGUGUUCCUCUUCUUUGCUAGACCCUGUGUUUUUUGCAAGCAAAAUGGGGCCCCAAUUUGAGAACUACCCUAGAUUUCCAACAUACCCACCUCUUCCGGUGUUCCCUUUCCAACUGCACGGGAGGUCCUAAGACUGGAAUUAUGGUGCUAGAUUAGUAAACAUGACAUUUAAUGAGUAGUGUCUUCUUUAUUGUUUGCUAUUUUUAUUACCUUUUGUCAAGAGAAAAACUGAUGAGUUUUGUGUAGCUGGUCAGAUACAAAUAAUAGUGACUUCACAGUUUAGCAGUUAUAAUGGGUACUUGUUAAACGUUUGAUACAAAAUUAUGUUGCUACAAAGUAAUUAAAAUUAAUAUCUUAGAGCUAGUUUCUGGUGAAUUAUUCAUUUAUUUUGUACUGUUAGGCAGCUCCAUAGUUGCUAAUUUAACCAAUAAAUCAAUUUGCUAUUCAGUAACUAAGAAACAAUUCUGAGAAUCCUGUCAGAAAUUGGGGAAUGAAAAAAUAUGCAAAAUAAUGGUCUUUGUCCCAGUAGCGUUCAGCCUGUUUAGUGUGCAUGUUUUUCCUUAAUGAUGUAUUUGAUCUGACUUUUUUCCUUCUCAAAAGGAUCAUACUUGGGAUUACAGGUAUAUUUGAUAUUAUAUGAUGGAUAAGUGAAAAGUUAUUAAAGGAGAUUUUAUACCUUUUCACAUUAAAAAAGGUAUUUAUAUUAUUACUUUGUAGUGAUUCUCUUAAGAAAAAAUGUAGCCCAAAUGUAUAGUAAAAUCAGUGGCUCAAGAAUUUCUGCUUCUCAUUGUAAUUGAUGCUUUGUUUUUUCCUGCAAUCAGAAUUUCCCUGUAUUUGUCAAAUGUAUAAUCAGCUCUUAUAUUUUUUAAAUUAAAAAACUUUUAAAUAAUCAAUUUUUCCCAUGGGACAAGACACAAAAGUAAUUUCAUAUGAAGGGCCUCUCCCACCCCUGU